AUGGAAGGUAUAUUAUCGAGAAGCCGAUCUGAAGCGGAGGAUGUGGGCUUUGAAAGCAAUGGCGACGAAGAGCCAUUCCGCCAUGAGCCCGUCAGGGGUUUGCCAUGGGACUGGGAGCUCAACGAUGAUGUCGACGUCAAUGCCUUUGGUCUGAGCACAUCGGGCAUGAAUCUCAAGAAACUCUUCACUUUCAGCCAAGACGAGUUGGAGGUGAGAGACAAGGACGGAAAGACGCCUCUACAUCAUUUCAUCGAGAACUGGUCUGAAGAUGCGCUCAUCGCAUUUGUCCAGAUGAUCGCUGAGACUGAAACCGCGCCCGACGAGCCACCAGACGGUGCCCGGGAAUCUGGGAGCUCCCUUGACGGUGCCUCAUACUCAAAGAAGAGCCGUGCGGAGAGCAAAGCUUUGCCCUUGAUUGCCGACGGCUUGGGCCGCACGACGCUGGACUAUGCCAGCGAACGGAGCGUACUCCUUGGCUCCCUUGCUUUCGGCAUUGCCAAGUGGUCUUCGGAGCAGUUGUCCAACGGCAUCUGCAUCGCUGCCUCUUGUGGUUACGCGGUUCUGGUAGAUGUUUUGUGUGAGAUGAUCGACGAGACGCCCGGGGUCGAUUCCAGCCCCGAGGCCGUUGAGCUCGGCCCAGCUGUCAUUGAAGCUUCGAAACGUGGGUUCACCGACAUCAUUCGCCUUCUCCGCCAAAGGGGCGCCAAUCUCCGAUAUCAAGACGACAAUGGCAUGUCGCCGCUUCAUCACGCGGCGUACGGCUGCCACACGGACGCGGUGCGACUCCUGCUCCUGGAAGGCGCAGAUCCAAACCAGCUCGACAAAGCCGGGCGCUCUCCACUCUUUUGCGGAUGCGAGAGCGACAGCGACGCCAUCAUCAUGCUUAUGUGGGAGAAGGGGGCGAGCACGACGCGGGCAAGCGGCGACGGCCAGACACUACUCCAUCUAGCGGCUUACAGAGGCAACGUCGACGUGAUACGGAGACUUAUCCGCCUGGACGGCGGUGCUGUUCAACUGAGGGCGCCAGGCCCAGGCGCCGAGGGGCUAUCGCUAUUGUCGCCUCUCCACAUCGCAGCCCGAGAGGGCCACAAUGUUGCUGUGAAGGUGUUGGUGGAAGAGGGCUUCCAGGCCGACGCACACGACGGGGACGGUCGAACCCCGCUCUCGCACGCGUCCGAAGGCGGGCAUCUCAAGACGGUCCAGGUCCUCCUUGCCAAGAGGCGUCUCGCAGGCGUGCAAAGCAAGGACGCCAAGCGACGUACUGCUCUGAGCUACGCCGCAGCGCAGGGCCACAUUGAUGUUGUUGCCGCCCUGGUAAGCCAGGGUGGUGCGGAUCCCAACACCAAAGACUUUGAAGGGAAGACGGCGCUCAUACAUGCCGCGCAGCAAGGGCAUAGCGAUACGGUCGUGGUGCUCAUCUUGUUGGCGAGCAACAAUUACGCUGUUAGGUCGGCGGUCAAGAGGUCCUUCAACGAGCUGUCCUCGAGGUUCUCGAGCAUGCCGCCUGGGAACAUCCCCGUGGACGUGAACGUCAGGGAUCACCAAGGAAGGUCAGCGGUGUCCUAUCUGAAGAAGAUUGGGAAGAAGGGAAACAGUGAGGCUUUAGAGGUGGCCCGCUACAUCUUGGAGAUUGGUGAGAAACCCAAAGCCAAGUCUCCCAUGGCGAGCAGUGAGGAUGGGUCGAGGAUAUUUCACGACGAUGGUAAUGCCGCAGAAUCGCGAGAGAUUCUCCCAGCCGCUGCCGAGGAAGACACAACUCAACAGUCCCAAGUUGUUGACGCACCAGGGCCAGAGGGGGACCAAGUCAUGCAGAUCUGGGGCGGCAGCAGCUGA